GAGUGAGACAGAGUGAGACAGGGCGAGAGUGAGACAGGUGUCGCAGGGACAGUGAGACAGGGCGAGAGUGAGACAGACCCCCCCGGUCUCAUGGCGGAGUCCCAGCUGGUGUGUCUGGAUGAUGGGCACGUGAACGUGCGCGUGCCGGAGUCCAGACCGGAGUUCUACUACAGUGAGGAGCAGCGCGCGGCGCUCGAGCUUCUCCUGCGGGACGGAGACGGCGCCUUCAAACUGCGGCUGCGCGCGGACAACAUCAAAGACUUCCUCUCUGCGCGCGAGGUCAAGUGGAUCCGCGAGACGUUCCGGGAGUACGACCCCGACCCCGACCCGGACCCCGACCCCCACCGGGCCCCCCCCCGCUCCCCCCGCGGCUCGGACUCCGGUGUACACUCCACCUACUGGCCCACGGUGUCGGACACGCAGGCUCCCGCGCUCGAGCUCGGCUGGACCACCGGCGGCUUCUACCGGGGAGUCACGCGCGUGUCCGUGUACACACACCCCCCUAAAGAGAGCGAGCCGCACAUCAAAGAGGUGGUGAGGAGACUGAUCCAAGAGGCGCACAAGACCCUAGCCGUGGUCAUGGACCUCCUCACAGACCUGCUCAUCCUGCAGGACCUCCUGGACGCCGCGAGUAAGCGUGGUGUAGCCGUGUACCUGCUGCUGGAUGAGAGCGGCCUCCCUCACUUCCUGGACAUGUGCAACCGCCUGCAGAUCUCCGCUCAGCACCUCCGAAACAUGCGUGUAAGGAUGGUGAGAGGAUGCGGCCUGGCUCUGUCCUUCGGGAAACUCCCGGGAUCGAUGUGCUCCAAGUACAUGCUGGUGGACGGAGAGAAAGUGAUGUUCGGCUCCUACAGUUUCACCUGGACCUCGUCUCGGAUGAACCGGAACACCAUCACCGUCAUGUCCGGGCAGGUGGUCGAGUUCUUCGAUCACGAUUUCCGCGAGCUCUACGCCGUUUCCGAAAAAGUAGACCUGUACUACGAGUUCCACAUUCCCAAACCCCCCAGACACACCAUGCCCACACCGCUCCUGAAAGCUCCGCCCACUGCCACGCAGCCAGCUCUACCUGCAUCCACCUCCCGCUUCCAGGUGUCUCUGGGGGACUCCAAACAGGUCAAUCUCAAAGUCCCUGCUCACAAAUAUCACAAUCCCAAGUACGCCCUGGUGGUGGGAAACAAUUUAGGCAUGACUGGAUCACUGCAGGAUCUGACCCGGCUCAGGGAAUACGCCGGGAGCAGCUCAGACAGCAACAUGGAGAAGUUACUCCACACCAGAAGGGGCACUAAAGAGUCAUCCGACACAGCGUCUAAAGAGGAGAUGAGUGAAAGUAAAGAAGAUGUAAAUAAAUCACCGUUGUUUGGUUCAAAGAAGCAGCGCAGCUCCUUCAGGCUGUUUCUCAAAGGCAGGUCCCCCAAUCAGAGCCCAGAUUUAAAGACGACAAAUCAUAAUCAUAACAUCUCAGAUGUGAAAACAGCCAAUCACAGCCAAGCAAAGCCAACCGAUCAAGUCAAAGACUCACCGAAGCUGACCAACCGCCUCAAAGACACAUCAAAGUCAGCCAAUAACAUCAAAGACACAUCAAAGUCAGCCAAUAACAUCAAAGACACAUCAAAACCAGCCAGUAACAUCAAAGAGACGCCAAAGCCGACCAGUAACGUCAAAGAGACAUCAAAGCCGACCAGUAACGUCAAACACUCCCCCAAAUCAUCCAAUCACAUGCAAGAAUCACCAACGCCACCCAAUCACAUCAAAGACACAUCAAAGCCGACCAAUUAUACGAAGGAGUCCCAGAAUACCGCUAAUCACGUGAAAGAGGUCCGCCCCGCGAACUCACAGAUCCCCAACGGCAAACAUGCUCCAUCUUCUCCUCUGCAGGAAACACCCGAGAGUACGAUCGUAGAUGAAGUGGACGAUUCGUUCGUGAUCAUCGAAAAACCAAACGUGAUGAAAUUUAAAAGCAAAAAAACCCCUAAAGCGCCGCAGAGAAGCAUGUCCAUGCAGGUCAUCAGCACAGGAGCCGAGGAAGGCUUCAGAGGACAAAAGCGCAGCCAGAAGAAGACGUGCAUUCAGUCCUGAGCUCAGCGGACACUCGACACGCGGGAGACAGAAACGCCGCAGUGUGUAUCAGAGGGACAGAAACGCAUCAUGUAAAUGUGUAAAGUGUAAGAUAUGUAGCAGAGCGGACCUUUAUAGACUGAGGAUCUCUUUUAAGUUUAAGAGAAGAUCAGUUGACAUGUUGCCUUGAAAAUGUGAGACAAAAAGGUUGGACGUGAACAAAGGAGGUUGUUAACCUGAUGGUCAUGUGACCAUGUGACUCACAUGUGUUUCAACAAGAAGCUCACGGUUUUAGCAGUAAUUCAGGAGUGUGUUCUUGAUGACCUAUGAAACACUGAGAUGUGGUGUGUGUGUAUAUGUGUGUGUAAGUGUGUAAGGGUGUGUAGAUGCACUGGAUGGACAGCAGGACUGCAAGCAAUGUACUUUUUUAAAAGACUUUUUAGUGACUGCAAUUCAAACGACCUUUAGAGCCGCAAUAAAGGUCAUGCACUUAAGUGUUUGUGUCUCUUAUAUCACCUUAAAUCCAAUAAAUCUAAACAUAAACAUGAAGUUAAUAUUUCCAGUGCUGAUGUGUUUACAGGCAUGUAGACGGUGUUUGUCCUGAGCUCAGUGUACAUCCUGUAGGUGCGGCUCAGUUUCAAUCCCCACCUUUGUUUGAUUACUGAAUUGCCACUGUACGUUUACGUCUCUCUCUCUCUCUCUCUCUUUCUCUCUCUCUCACAUGACCCACUUACACUAAUUCUGAACUUAUCUCAAUCAAAAAUAUCACAAAUGAAUAUUUUUCACCCCGCAUCUGAAUUUCUUUCCUCUCUGAACUCGUGCACGGUUACUAGAGACGACAUGACAUGUAAUUAUUUCACUUUCUUUAAUGUUGCGAAGUAAUAAAAGGCAAGACGAGCGGCAGCUGGAGGUGACAUGAGAGAGGAAGUGAAGGAAGCCGAAACUUCUGACCGCAAACAGUUUCAGUUUUGCAGAGCAGAUCCACAGAAUCUGUAUAAAAAAAAGAGUCAGCAAAGAGAACGAGUGCAACUAAAACAUGGUCACCUGCAUUUGAUCUUCACGUCGCGUUACAGUCAUUACUGUAAUCCAAAAUAAACUGCUUUAGCAAAGCAUGAGGUCAGGACCCCAUACACUGGGCUGCUAAUGGGACGUGUACAGUGGGGCCCGAAAUAUUUAUACCCACUUCAACAUGAGAAAUAAAUGGCUUUCUCCUGACAGUCACAUGAUUAUUAAUGAUUGUGAACUACUGCCAUCUUCAGAGGAAAAAUAUUACUACACAUUUUUAAAUGAGAGUUUUAGAAAAGGGCGAAGAUACUGUAACUGUUUAAGUGUGUUUUUGGAUCUCGCUAUGAGCAGCUUUUCACUUUUAAAAUGUUGUGAAUCAAUUAAAAGCUUAAUUGUAUGAGCAUAAUUUUACAUUCUCACAUUUUUAAUUUAAUCCAGAUUUUUUUAUUUAAUAUAAACACGAUACUCACUAAUACUGUGUGUAAUAUUAUAAAAGUAAAUUUACAAAGUUUAUUCACUGUGCGAACAGAUUUACUAAAUAGUUUCAUCA